AUGGACCCGCAGACAUCGCUGACUUGGGCUCUCCUGUCCCUUUUGUUCCUGCAUCUGUUGCCUCAGGAAGGUUGUUCCCACUCUCUGGGCAACCCUGACCUUGCCACAGAGGUGCCCAGCGCACAGUUCCUGAGUUCCUGUCCACUACAAAAACUACUCUUCCAUCUUCAGGACAAGUUUUCCAAGCUGGGAAGAGAUCAGUUGGCCUUGGAGUCCCGUCAGCAGGACAAUGGCUCUGUUGAAGACUGGGAGGUAGCACCCAUGGGUGCUCCCCGGCCUAGCAACAACCAGAAGAGACCAAACAGCUCCAAGAAGGGUUCUGGAUGCUUUGGACGGAAAAUAGACCGCAUUAGCUCUGCCAGUGGCCUGGGUUGCAACGGUGAGCUCCUACCCCAGCACCCCACAAGCAUGCUGCACACCCACAUCUUCCCCAUGUGGUCCAUUAUUAAGUCAAUUUUGGGCUUCUACUGGCUUCAGAAGUGGCUGAGGGUAGAGCAGUCAUGUGGCCCUCGGAGGCUGAACCAUUUCCCAGAGAUCAUCUGCGGCAAUGUCAUCCUGGAAGUCUUCCCCCAUCAAAGACUUGUCUCAAAGGGCAUCUCCGGGAGACAGGCUGUGUGA